AAAUGAACAAAAUUUUCUUGUUUCUCUUUACAAUUUUAUCCUUAUUCCAAAAAAUUAACUCUCAAAGUGACACAUUAACAACUUCACAAAUUCUCAAAGAUGGUCAAACAAUAAUUUCAUCAGAUGGAACAUUUGAAUUGGGAUUUUUUUCUGCAGGCAAAAAUAGUUCAUCAAUAAAUCGUUAUAUUGGUAUUUGGUACAAAAAGAUUUCAGCUUUUACACCAAUUUGGGUUGCAAAUAGACAAAUUCCAGUAAAGGGUAUUUCUGGAAUCUUGAAAAUUGUUGAACCAGGUUAUCUUGUUUUGAUUAAUAAUGUUACUAAUGACACUAUUUGGAGUACUAAUUCUUCAAUAAGUGUGAAAAAUCCAGUUGCUAAGUUGUUGGAUACAGGGAAUUUUGUGGUUAAAGAUGCAAAUGAUGAUGAGUUGUUGUUGUGGCAGAGUUUUGAUUAUCCUAGUGAUACUUUGUUAGCAAGUAUGAAACUUGGAAGAGAUUUGGUGACUGGGUUGGAAAGGUAUCUUAGGUCAUGGAAAAGCGACGAUGAUCCUGCUCCCGGGGAUUAUACAUAUCAUUGUGAUCCUACAGGUUAUCCACAGGACCUUAUGAGAAAAGGUCCUAAUGUAGUUUAUAGAGCCGGGCCAUGGAAUGGUCUUAGAUGGAGUGGAGCACCAAACAUGGUGAACAACUCGAUCACCUCUUUCGGCCUAGUCAUGAACAAUCAAGAAAUUUACUACAAAUACGAACUAGUAAAUAAAUCCGUGCUUACUACUUUAGUGCUAACACCUAAUGGUGAUGCGAUGCGUAUGAUUUGGUUAGAAAAGAGAGAGGGUUGGGUUAAUUACCAUUCCGUGGAUGCAGAUCAUUGUGACACUUACAAAUUGUGUGGUGCAUAUGGCACUUGCACAAUCUUUAGCGAUCCUGUGUGUCGUUGUUUGGAUAAAUUCAUUCCAAAACAUCCGGAUGAUUGGGACAGAGCUGACUGGUCAAGUGGUUGUGUCCGAAAUCAUCCAUUGAAUUGUUCAGAAGAUGGAUUUAUAAAGUAUUCUGGUGUUAAAUUGCCAGAUACUCGGGAUUCUUGGUUUAACGAGACUAUGACACUCGAUGAAUGUAAGUUAGUUUGCUUGAGAAAUUGUUCAUGUAUGGGAUAUACUAAUCUGGACAUCAGUAAUGGAGGAAGCGGGUGCUUGCUAUGGAUUGGGGAGCUCGUUGACCUCAGACAGCUAUCGGAAUCAGGACAGGAUAUCUAUAUUAGGAUGGCUGCUUCUGAGAUAAGUCCUAUCGAUGGAUCAAAUCGAAAGAAAAGAGUUAUACUUGCAAUUGCUUUGCCAUUAUCGAUUGCAACAGUUCUUCUAGUGGUUGGAGUAUGCCUGAUUCUUCGUAGACAGAAAAAGAGGGCGGAAACAAUGCUCAUAGAAAAAAGGAAAUUGGAUGACAACAAUAACAAAGAUAAAAACAAUCAAAUUCGUCGUGAAGCUUUGGAGCUACCACUCUUUGACUUGUCCACAAUAAUGGAGGCUACCGAUAACUUUUCACUUGAGAACAAGAUUGGAGCAGGCGGCUUUGGGAAAGUUUUCAAGGGAGUGCUAGAAGAAGGACAGGAAGUAGCUGUCAAGCGGCUCUCUGAAACGUCCAGACAAGGAAACGAUGAGUUCAAGAAUGAAGUCAUCUGCAUCGCAGAACUUCAGCAUCGAAAUCUUGUGAAGCUUCUUGGAUGCUGCGUCGAAGAAGAAGAGAAGAUAUUGGUGUACGAAUACAUGCCCAACAAAAGCCUGGAUUUAUUUAUCUUUGAUCAAACAAGGAGCACAUUACUUGAUUGGCCUAAGCGUUUCAACAUCAUCAACGGGAUUGCUCGAGGACUUAUGUACCUUCAUCAAGAUUCUAGGCUAAGAAUCAUCCACAGAGACCUUAAAGCUAGUAAUGUCUUACUUGAUUUUGAAAUGAACCCAAAGAUAUCAGAUUUCGGGAUGGCCAGAAGUUUUGGAGGGAACGAGACGGGAGACAAUACAAAUCGAGUGGUUGGAACAUAUGGUUACAUGUCCCCGGAGUAUGCAGUCGAUGGGAUUUUCUCAGUAAAAUCAGACGUCUUUAGCUUUGGCGUAUUGAUACUAGAAAUUGUAAGCGGAAAGAAGAACAGAAGAUUCAUUCAUCCGGACCACAAUCUCAACCUCAUUGGACAUGCAUGGAUGCUUCAUAGAGAAGGAAGAUCAUCGGAAAUAGUCGAUCCUAACUUGGUUGAAUCAUGUCAUACAUCUGAAUUGCAACGAUCGAUACACGUAGGAUUGUUAUGUGUUCAACAAAGUCCAGAGGACAGGCCAAACAUGUCUUCUGUGGUUUUAAUGUUGACAAAUGAAGGCAUUUUGCCACAACCAAAACCACCAGGUUUUUUCACAGAAAGGAACAUAGAUGAUGCCACUGGAUAUUCAUGGAGUGACCAAACACCUUGUUCUGUCAACGAUGUAACCAUCACUUUGUUGGAUGCUCGAUAGCAUGUACACAGAAUUUUGUGCAAGCAGUAUCGACCUAUUGUCACAGUUUUACUUCCUUGUGAAUUGCUCCUAACUUUUACUUUACACGAUAUAGACAGUAGCGUACACAGGAUUUUGCAUAACCAGUAUCGGCCUACUAUCACAAUUCGACUUUUAUUUCCUCACGAAUUAGUAUUUACAGUGUAUUAUACUAGUGUAAAUGACCUCAUACCCCACUUAUGAGACUACGCUGGAUAAA